UCCUUUCGUGAUACGUAUCUGGUAUCUAGUGAGCAAAUAACAAUAGCAUGAAUAGUAUUUUAUACAGGAGCGUUUAUGUUCAUAAACUGCCUUUGAUGGUCAAAAGAAUAAUCAUCUUCAUCUGUUAUAAUGAUAGCAGGCAGGUCUGACUGAAUAUUGAUGGCUCCUCCUUUUUUAAGUUGCAUACUAUCAAUAUUAUAUGUGUUGAUGGAAAAAUUAACAUCAGA